CGUCCUCUUUUUAUAUCCUCAGACGCUGUUUGAACACCUUUCUCUCUAGUCAUUCCCCGUCUCCUCUCUCUCUCUCUCUCCUUCUCUCUCUCUCUCUCUCUCUAUCUCCAAUGGCGCGAGUCCUCUCACAAACCCUAACACGACUAUCCUCCACCUCUCCAAAAUUCCCAAACCCAACCACCCUCUCCUAUAGCUAUAGCCCACCUUCUCCCCUCUCGCCUCGGAUUCUGACCCAGCGCAACCGCUCCAACCAGUCCGGCAAGGCCCAGCUCCUUGAGGUCGAUCUCGACUCCUCCUCCUCCUCGUCCUCCGACGGCGCCUCCGCCGGAGGAGAGGUCGAGGUCAUGGGCGUUCGAAGGCUCGAGGACGUCAUCCACGGCAUCAUCGUCCGUCGAUCGGCUCCCGAUUGGCUCCCCUUCGUCCCCGGGUCGUCCUACUGGGUCCCGCCCCGACGCCGGGCUCCCGGGAUCGUCGAAUUCGUCGGGAAGCUGACGAAUCCGCUGUCCGAUGAGGAGAACAUGUCGUUUGCGACCGAGCGCGGGUGGCCCUCCACCGCCUACUUUAUUGACGGUGCUGCCGCACAUCCUGUCCCACUGGAGCUGCAGGUGAAGGUGGAGGUGAAGGUGGAGGACAACACAGACAAUGAAUCUCAAUCCGAGGAUGCGGAGGGUUGAAGGGAAUCUCUAUGGAGAACUACUUGCUAGGGGUCGGUCACCUUUGUACAUAUCAGAAACUGCAGAAACGAAGAAGCUAGAAGUGAAGGUGGGGCAGAAAAAAGCCGAGCAAGCAUUCGAUUGUUUGUACAGAAACCUCUGGUAAUGUGAGGCUGGGAGUUCAAUAAGAGUUGCUGCUUCUGUUGCCGUCAACCUCACCCCAGUUCUACCAAAAGCCAUAGAGCCCUUCUGUUGUGUUGUUUUACGUAACCAUGAAAAUAGAUGCUAUUUUAUGCUUUGUUGGAUAUUUAUAAUCUGAAUGAGCAUUGUUAUCGCUUCUGAUCAUUUCCCAA